UGGCUGCCUGCAACAGACCAGAUGCAGUAAUCAAAGCUUACAAGGUUAAGAAGCAGGCUGAGGACCGACCCAUGUCCAUGUGGAUCUCUUCUGUCAAGCAGCUGGAGCCUGUUAGACACCUACUGAGUCCCCUGCUCCUGGACUUCAUGGAGGCUGCAUGGCCUUCCUCUAUCAGCAUGGUCAUCCCCAGAGGACCAUGGUUGGACAUAUUUGGUUUGGGAGAUGCUGCCAAACACAUCGGGACUCCACAAAGCAUUGCCAUCAGAACCCCAGACUGUGCAGUAGCUACACAUCUUAUUAAUUUGGUGGGUCCAAUUGCAGUAACCUCAGCCAACCCAACAGGCGAGGCAGAUACAACUCACCAUAACCAAGUUUAUGCUAAACUGGGAAAAAAGGUUGAAGGGGUGUUGUGUGAUGGACCCUCCCCUGAGAAUAUUGCAUCUACUGUGGUUGACUGCACCAAGAUUGAAACUGGACAAAUUGGUUUCUUCAGAGUGGGCCUCAUUCCAAAAUCCAAGGUUUUCCAGAUUUUUGAGGAAGUUAAGAAUCGGCAUAGACAAGGGCAAAUAAAUCCUGCCUUUGAACAUGAUCUGGCUCCUCCAGACACCCAAACUGAGGAGAGUUUGGGACAGGAUGAAACAUCAGAAUCAGGAAGAGAAAUUGAAAACUCAACAMUCUCCACAACACAUGAGCAAAGCACAGACCUCAAUAGCGACUCCUAGUAUUUAUAUUUGGACAUUUGUGUUGCUAUCUAAAAUAUGUACUCAUGUCUUAUAAAUAAAUAAAUAUAGAAUAAAUAGAUAUAUGUAAUACAUAUCAGAACUUACAUUCAUGUAGUAAAUUUACAUUUAGUUUUAUCAGAGAGCAACAWCUCAUGUAUAUUAUAAAUUGUACUAGAAAACAAAACUUUGAAUGUUAAUAUUUACUUUUUCUGCUGUGUCAUCUUUU